UGCUGUGAUUGGUCGAGAACCAUUUUUCAUGACGCAGAGCAAACACGAAUUUUAAUUGGCUGACUGUACGCCUCCCUCCUGGCGCAAACAUUUGAAAACGGCUUUGUGAAAAAGGGAGAGACGAAGAAUAAUACCAUCAGACGCAGACAUGGCUCCCAGAAAAAGGACGACCAAGCAACAGAAAAUUACCCCCAAGACGGUUAAGAUGGAUGCCUUCCUCCAGGAUUUCGACAGUGAAGUGAAGACCAGAGUUACACGAAUGAAAGAGAAGAUCAGCCAUCUGCUGAAAGAUGUCGACAACGGCUACAACGUGGAACUGAUUAAGCUCCCAAAUGUUGUCCGCCAAAUGCCCUGGAUAGAACUAUUCAAUUCUGAGAAACAAAACUCACCAGAAGUGGCAAAUGUUGGCAAAGAAGAGGAAGCUGCUGUUGUGGAGAGCAUUGUGGAUGACCAAGCUGCCUUUCUGAAAUCAAUAAAACAAACAUCACAGAAAAAAGCUGAAUCCAGUUCGGAUAAGGAAAACACCCUGAGCAUAACAAGGAAGGCGAAAGCAACAAGGAAACCUCCAACUACAUCAAAAAGAGCGAAGGCACUGGCGGUCAGCAAACAUAACACCCCCCUCAGACGGUCGAGCAGGAAGCCAUUGAUCACUCCUGCAAGGAAUAUGAUGGAUGAUUCUCUGAUGAUGGGAGCCACUCCCCUCAUUACCCCACGCUUUGAUUCCAGACUUCCAAAGACCCCCGCUAUGAGGAAUCCCCACCACAAAGAGAGGGUUUACAGCAUCUCAGUCAACGGCUCUCCCAUCGCAGCCGGAAAUGAAGACAUCGUCAUCAACAUCCCCAUCGGCAACGGAGAGAGUGUUCAGCUACUGGCCAGCGAGAUGGACUCCGUGGAUCUGUCUCUCCUGGAUGAACCCACUCUGAGGAGAAUUAAUACCCUUAAGAAUCGCCUGACUGCGCUGUGCUCAUCUUCUACAUCACUUUAAAAAAAAGAUUGUGUGAUUUUUGCCAUUUUAUACCAUUUUUAUUUUUUAAAGAUCUGACAGAUCUUUACUCAUGUUCCACAAAUAUAAAUAACAGUUAAUUCUUUGAUUUGUAAGUACAUUUUAAUCUUACAUUUUAUUUCUUUUUCCAUUUCCUUAUUGUCAAACAAUCCUCCAUGUACAUAUCACAGAUUGUCCACAAAAACUGAUAAAGGUUUUGGAACAGA